AUGUCAACCACACGUCGCAAAGGAGCUACACCCAAGAAGGCUCAUAAAAUUGAGGUCUCCUUCACAAAUUGGGUGAUGGGUGGCUCGUUGCUUUCGCUCAGUACCACGCCUAGCUUGGGAAGUCGUGUUGCCAGCAAGGGUAGCCACAAGAGUUUUGAUGCCGACACGGAUGAUGAAGAGCCUCCAGAACCUGUUCCAGCAAAAGUUACCAAGAAGAAGAGAGAUGUUCCUCCAUCAGAAUUAAAGAAGCCCGGGGAGGUGGAGGUCGUCUGCACUGAUUGUCAGCCCCAAGCCGAGGAAUCUACCACCAAGUGCGCACUUGACUGUCCAGUUUGCAAUGAGGAAUGUGCCUGGGAGAAGCAUAUGCACGAGAAAUACGGCGGAAUGGAAUGUAAUACCUGCGGCAGAGGCGCAAACUGGCUGAUGGAUGAGUUUCAUAAGGGUCGUGGGGAGUACGCUUGCGAGAAGUGUACGCCUGAUUGUGCAGCUUGCGGUCGUGGUCCACUGUGGCUCUCCAAGAAGUGGGAGAAGACUCUGAAGCGCCGUGCUAGGAAGCUGCAAGGUGUGGAGAAAGAGAAGAAGGACAAGAGAGAUGAAGAUGGAAAAGAAGACAAGGAAGAUGAAAGUACAAAGAAGAGAAAUGGGGAUGAUGGAAAGAUGACGAAGGAUAUGGGAAAGCAAAAGACAAACGGCAAGGAGAAAAGCAAGCAAAACGAGAAAGAUGAGGGUGCAAAUAAGGAGAAAGAUGAAGCAGAAGACAAAUCUGUUGAGAAGGAAUCGGUGUCGACUUCGAAGAAUAACGAAAGUGCAAAGAGAAAUCAAGAUGGAAAGAACAAAAAUACUCACGACUGGACAUCCGAAGAAGAUACCAAGCUCAAGGACCUGAAGGCACAGAACAAAUCGUGGAAGGACAUUGCUUCGGAAUUGGGAAUUAAUACAGGUCUCUGCAAAGCUCGAUGCAAAAUAUUAGAGCACAGUAGAGAUUCUGCACACGAGAAAAAAGCCAACUCUUUGAGCGGAAACAAGCAGAAUACAAGUGGAGCCGAGGGAGAUGGAUUUCUUGGAGGGUUUGGUGACUGGAACAAUGACGAUUCGAACAAUUCGGGCAAUACAGACAAUCAAGGUUGGGGAGCAGCCGACACUUCGAAUACUAAUGGAGAAAACUCUGGCAAUGUAGAUAAUGGCUGGGGUACCAAUAACAACAGCAACUCAAACAAAGAUGGUAAGACCUCCAGCUGGGAUAACAACAAUUCAAGUGCGACAGCUGGUGCCUCUGGAGGAGAAAAUAUCAAUUCUAGCUGGGAAAGCAACAACAUUUCCACAGGAGAUACUGGAAAUCAAGGCUGGGCCGAUGCUGCGAACUCUAGUUGGGACAACAGCAAUAAUAACACUACCGGGCAUUCGGGAACUCAGGGUUGGGGCGAUGUCGGAAAUUCUGUAUGGGGCAAUGACGAUGCGAACAAAACCUCGAAUGACACCAGCGGGCAAAAGGAGAAUCAACAGAACCAAAACAAGAACGAUAACGCAUGGAAGAAGCAAAAGAAUAAGAACAGAGCCAGCAAGGAGGACAAGCAGAAUGUUAUCUUCGCCCCGAUCACUGAGUCAAACCCAACAGGCUAUAUUCCUUACAAGUCUGCCAAUACUGCAGCAGAUGAGACUAACUCCUGGGAUCCAAAUGGCACUUAUUCUUUCACGGACGCCACCACAGCUCAAGCAUCUGGUGGUCUGAAUACAAAAACUCCAGGAACUGGAUGGGAUGCGCCGAAGACAGACUGGAUUACCAUCGAUCCCUCGAAUGGAAACGCGGGUAACGAGCCAGCCAGAGAUCCUUGGGCAGAACCUGAGUCUCAGAAGGUGCCCGAUAACCGUACUACGUCUGUGUCUGGAAAGAACCCUUCAACCUCUGCUCCUGCAGGCGACGGUUGGAUUCCAGUAACUGAGUCAAAUCUUGAUAUGCCUACCAACAACAAUGCUGGACCGAGCUGGAGUCAAUUGCAAAACGAUAGUGGCAGAGACUUCUGGAACACAGCUGGCAAUGAAGGUCAAGAAUCUGGAGAUGGAGGGAAUUCCUGGGGCCAGGGCAACAACAACUCGAAUAACACGGAAUCUUGGACUAAGCCGUAUAAUGGCAAUCAACAGGGAGGAGGCUCUGGGUGCCAAGGCAAUAAAUCUAGCAACAACACUGGAAACACCUGGAACCACUGCAACAACACAAAUCAAAAUUUCGGUAAUGGAGGAUAUUCAUGGGGCCAAGGUAACCACUCGAACAAUGGAAGAGACCCGUCAAACGGACCAAACGAAGGGAACAACUCAAACCCCUACAACUUCAACAAUGGAAACAACGGACGAGGCUUCAACUCAAACAACAAUUCAAAUGGUUUCAAGCAAGAUAGCCGCUCUCGAGGGAAGCUUCAUCCCAACAGCGUUUGGACUCCCCAAGACUGCAUGAUUCUGGAGGUCUUGGAAUUGAAGUACAGUGAUCACAAGUGGAAGCAGAUGCAAGCCGACUUCUACAAUAGUACUGGUCGUAUGAUUCCAUCGGAAUUGAUCGAGCAGAAGUUCAGAGCAGACGGUUAUGUAUAGUUUGGUGUAAGACUGUCCGGGAAAUUGGAGGUGACUUUAGAAGGUGG